GUGAACAGCAGCAAAAUGCCAUGAGUAGGUUAAUGCGAAAUGGCCAUUAAAUUAUUAUAACCCCAGUUUGUUAUCGUACUUGUCGUCGAUGAUGGUCGCUGCCGCAGCGAAAAGUGCGCGCAUUAAACAUUUAUCAGAAGCGUUUCAAAAGUGACGACAACGACGCAAAGGGCACCAAAACAAAAUUCGUUGCUUCCGUUACCUUUGUUCUAUGCGUCAAUCACACAGGUGCAAAUAUCGUGUCGUGUUUUUGUUUGUACGCAAUUAUGUUGAAGCGUUCGCUAAAGCUUCUAAUUGCAAUUUUUUUGAGUUUAAUGUUCACCAUCUCAUUAGUUAAGAUUGUGUUAUUGAUUUGGUCAUCGUAUCCCGGCGAACACAGCGAGCCCAGCGUCGACGAGUGGCUGGAAUCGGAAAAUUUGGCUGCAUAUAAAAAGCUAUUCCGCGAUAAAGGCAUCUCAUCGCUAUCCAGCUGCGGAGAUCCGGAACGUCUGCCCGAACUGCCGCCGGGUGACGAGCAGCGUCUACAACGCGCAGCUCUACAUUUGCAACAGAAGCUGAUACUUCGUGAGUGGCUGCGGGACCAUCGACUGCAGCACCAUUAUCAACGUCUGUUGGCGGUUGAGGUUGCCUCUCUGGAAGACGUUUACUGGUUGGAGGAUUCGCGUGCUAGCAAAAUACUUGGCAAGGAUUGGCAAAUUUGGUCGGCGGCCCGCCAAAAUCUGCCCACAUCGAAGGCGCAGCUGGACGCGCUCAAGGCGCAGCUGUGGUCGACGGUUGUCAAGUCGAGUCAGCAUCAGGACGCGUGGACAUGGGGUGGCAUGCUGGUGGUCAGCGUCAGUGUCGCCGGACUGGUCACCCUCGCCGCCAUGACGCAGCCCUCGCUGGCGCCCGAGGCGCGUCACUCUCUGCUACAGUAUGUGACUGGAAAAUAUUUGCUACCUGCAAAUUGUAAGGUGCAGUGGGACUGGAAGGAUCCCGCCCAGGUCGGCGGCACCAUGUGCUUUGUGGUGCGCUUCUUUCAACGCAAUGGACAGCCUUACCCCAUCUGUGAUACGGAUCAGUUUUUCGUCGAGGUCACGGAGGGCACCCGGAAGGUGGUCACCAUCAGCGAGCUAGGCUCCUCCACAGACCCGAAUAAUGCAAACAUUGCCAAAGUCAAGUUCACGGUGCGCACUGCGGGCCAGUAUAAGAUCUCGGUGCUGAUCGGCGCCAGUCACAUCGCCGGUUCACCUUUUGUCAAGAAUUUCCUGCCCGGACCCAUAGAUGCUCGUCGUUCGCGCUUCAUAAGACCUGCUAGCACAGUCAUUUGCUGCGCCGGCUCACCCACUCUGAUGCACAUUGAGCCACGCGAUGAAUUUGGAAACGCGUGCCUGUUCGAGCAGAGUGACGACGCCCUCCAGGGCUAUCAGGUGGCAAUAUACGAUCUGCAUGGCGUCGCCGUCGAGAAGCUGCAUCAUGCGAUAGCCUUUAACUACGACCGUGUUAAUUCUCGGGUUUCUGUUACGGCGCUCUUCCCGGAACCCUCGUGUCUGCGGGCUGUCAUCAGUUACUUGGAGCAGAAGCUGCCCAAUGGCGACUUUGACAUAAUUGUGCUGAGCAGCAGCGACACGACUCUGGUGCACAAGAACAUAGCCUCUCGCAAACACAAUAUUUGCUACGAGGCGAAAUUGCUGAGCAUUUACGGGGCGGCUAAGAGCAAGCCUCGCAAGGUGCUCUGCUAUGUGGGGCCAAAACAGAAUUCAUUGAUCUUUCAGGUGACCAUAAAGGAAAUGAUAUUGAAGUUCAUACCCAAACGCAUUGCCACCUUUCGGCUGUGUCCGUCGACCAAGUUCCACUUUUUGCCACAGUUGGUGACUCAGCUGCACGGCCCGGUCUUCAUCAUAGACGAUGGAGCCCAGCCUCGUAUUGAACUGGCCUCCAGGGAUCGCAACAUCAUUGCCGCCACUUUCACGCACUUUCUGCUCAAGAACAUUGGUGGCUCGGAGACCUUUAAGGAUAAGCAGGACUUUUUCUAUCACGAAGUACGCAAGUUCCAUGCUAGUUACUAUCACGAGAAGAUGACGUUGAAGGUGCAGCGGGAAAAGAUAUUGGAGAGCAGCAUGAAGGCCACCAAGGGCUACUCCGUGUCGGAUUGGUGCGGCAAUUUCGAGGUGACCUUUCAGGGCGAGCAGGGCAUCGAUUGGGGUGGUCUUAGGCGCGAGUGGUUCGAGUUGGUGUGCAGCGCCCUCUUCGACGCACGCAGCGGCCUCUUCUGCACCUUCCAUGACAAGCAUCAGGCACUGGUUCAUCCCAAUCCCACGAGGCCGCCGCACCUGAAGCUCAAAUAUUUUGAGUUUGCCGGCAAAAUGGUGGGGAAAUGUCUGUUCGAGAGCGCUCUGGGUGGCACCUAUCGGCAGCUGGUACGGGCUCGUUUCAGUCGCUCCUUUCUGGCUCAGCUGAUUGGACUUAGAGUGCACUAUAAGUAUUUUGAGCAAGACGAUCCCGACUUGUAUUUGUCCAAAAUCAAGUACAUCUUAGACACUGAUUUGGAUGCCACAGAUACGCUCGAGCUGUAUUUUGUGGAGGAGGUUUACGAUGCCAGUGGGCAGCUGAGCAAGACCAUCGAGCUCAUACCGAAUGGCGCCAAGACUCGCGUGACGAAUGCCAGCAAGAACCAAUACCUGGAUGCUUUGGCACAACAACGCCUUUGCAACAGUGUGAAGGACGAAGUAGAUAGUUUCUUGAAGGGGCUGAAUGCCAUCAUACCCGAUAACUUGCUAAGCAUUUUCGACGAGAACGAACUGGAGUUACUGAUGUGUGGCACUGGCGAGUAUUCAAUAACCGACUUCAAAUCCCAUCACAUUGCCAACGGUAAUUCGGCGGAGUUUCGUCGCGUUCUGGCCUGGUUCUGGGCGGGCGUCAGCAAUUUUAGUCAAACCGAAAUGGCGCGUCUGCUGCAAUUCACCACAGGUUGUUCACAGCUGCCGCCCGGCGGCUUCCAGGAGCUUAAUCCGCAAUUUCAAAUAACGGCUGCGCCCACUUUUGGCAACUUGCCCACAGCGCAUACAUGCUUCAAUCAACUUUGCCUGCCCGACUACGAGAGCUAUGAGCAGUUCGAAAAGUCUCUGCUUUUAGCCAUCAGCGAGGGAAGCGAGGGAUUUGGCAUGGUUUAAAGGAUCUAAUUGUCUCCUGGCAUCUCUGACUCUCUACGGCUGAUGUUUUUUCUAGCGUCUACUACUGUGUUCCUGCGCUUUAUAGUACUUAUAUAAGUAGUAUACAUAUGUAAUGCAUAUUUACUAAGUAUAGUAGUUUGUAAAGCCGCGUAGUGAUAUAGAUAUUGAUUUUUGAUCGGGCAAAAAAAAAAAAACACAACAAAAAAGCACAUUAAUGUGCCAGUCUGUCAACGCUUUUUCGUUGCUUUAAAUGUUAUUAUUGUUGUGGCUUUUUGUGCAAACACUUUGAAGCAAUAAUUAAAUAGGAAUAAUGUUAAACACUAAAGAGCAUAGUUUUAAAUCGCGUAAAAAUGAAAAUGAAUAUAUCAUCAUCAAAAAGAAUGUGAUAUUUGUAUUAUAAAGUAAUGCAACUUAAUGAUAAAGAUCUUUAUAAAAUUAUCUCAAGUAUCGUCCCCUAAAACAACUCCAAAUGCUAAAGAGGGCAAUAAACCAAAUGUUUGUAUUUGUAUAGUAUAGUAUUGAAUACACAAGGAUCGUAAAGCAUUCCCAAUAAACCCCUGAAUAAGCAAUUUAUUGAAAGAUUAAAGCAAUGUUAAUAUGCAUUUUAAACAAAGCGGCCGUUAUUAAGGCACAAACUAAAUAGUAAUCUCUAAAAUUACGCUCCUAAACUAUUUGUAUAAGCAAUAUUUAAAAUUAAAAGACAAAUAAUUAAACCAUGA